AUCACAAAUGUCGUCAAGUGAUGGAAGGUCCAGGAUUCGGGACAGGGGCUAUAGUGAGGUUCCAGGGGACAUGCCUCGUCCAGAUGGUACCAUAAGAACCCUCCAGUCCCUGCACAGCAGUGAGCUGGCCGUGAGCGCGGAUCCUCUGCCGCCUCCCCCUCUCCCAUUACAGCCACCAUUCGGCCCGAGCUUCUACUCAAGUGACACAGAGGAACCAGCCAUAGCCCCAGACCUCAAGCCGGUCCGGCGCUUUGUCCCCGACUCCUGGAAGAACUUCUUCAGAGGGAAGAAAAGGGACCCGGAAUGGGAUAAACCGGUGACUGAUAUCAGAUACAUCUCCGAUGGUGUGGAGUGUUCACCUCCGGCCUCUCCAGCGAGACCAAACCACCUCCCACCCAGCAGCUCUUCUUACAAAGGCCCCUCCGGAGGGUCAGAAGGCACCUUUAACUCCCAGCAAGAGGCGGAUGCCAUGUUUGCCCAGGACCCCUGUGCAUCCCUAGACCGGCGCACGCAGACGGCGCGCACCUACAGCGAGAAGGUGGAGGAGUACAACCUGCGGUACGCCUACAUGAAGUCCUGGGCAGGCCUGCUGAGAAUCCUGGGUGUGGCAGAGCUGCUUCUGGGGGCUGGCGUCUUCGCCUGUGUCACAGCUUACAUCCACAAGGACAACGAGUGGUACAACCUGUUUGGAUAUUCACAGCCCUACGGCGCGGGAGGUCUCGGCAGCCUGGGCAGCACAUACGGGGGUUAUUACUACAGCGGCCCCAAGACCCCUUUUGUACUCGUGGUGGCCGGAUUGGCUUGGAUCGCCACUAUUAUUGUUCUGGUGCUUGGCAUGUCCAUGUAUUACCGCACCAUUCUUUUGGACUCCAACUGGUGGCCCCUGACGGAGUUUGGAGUUAACGUUGCCCUGUUUAUCCUGUACAUGGCUGCGGCCAUCGUCUAUGUGAACGAUACCAACCGAGGCGGACUCUGCUACUAUCCAUUAUUUAACACGCCCAUGAAUGCCGUGUUCUGCCGGGUAGAAGGAGGUCAGAUAGCGGCGAUGAUCUUUCUGUUUGUCACCAUGAUAGUUUACCUCAUCAGCGCCCUGGUCUGUCUGAAGCUAUGGAGGCAUGAGGCUGCACGGAGACACAGGGAGUACGUGGAGCACAUGGAGCAGCAGCAGGAGGUAAAUGACCCAUCGUUGUCAUCAAAAAGGAGAAUGUGUGAAGUGGCCACCAGUGACAGACAGAGAGACCAAGAAGCUAAUUUCAAAGAGUUGAGGACAACAAAAAUGACCCCUGAACUCCUGAGUGGACACAUCCCUCCAGGCUACAUUCCCAAGCCCAUCGUGAUGCCUGACUACGUGGCAAAAUAUCCUGUGAUUCGGACGGAUGACGAUCGAGAACGCUAUAAAGCUGUGUUCCAGGACCAGUUCUCAGAGUACAAAGAGCUGUCCGCGGAAGUGCAGGCCAUCCUGAGGAAGUUCAAUGAGCUGGACGCGGUGAUGAGCAAGCUGCCACGUCAUUCUGAAAACCACCAGGAACACGAGAGAAUUUCAAGAAUCCAUGAAGAGUUUAGGAAAAAAAAGAACGAUCCUUCAUUUCUGGAAAAAAAGGAGCGUUGUGAUUACCUCAAGAACAAACUUUCUCACAUAAAGCAGAGAAUCCAAGAAUAUGAUAAAGUAAUGAACUGGGAUACGCAAGGUUAUUCUUAGACCGCUUGGGACUGUUUUUUAUAGCCAACUAUUUAUCCACUGCCUUUCUGUGCUGGUCUCAUGGAUGAGAAGCAGACCCCUCCAGGUCAGCUUCUGCUUGGUUUCCCGUCCGAGGUUGAACGGUGUGAUUUUAAACAUUUCAAACCCACUGAGAGAGAGCCUUCACUGAGACUGGAGAGACCGUGUGCGUGUUCGCCCGUGUACACGUCCACGUUUUUCUCAUUCAAAUGUGUUGUCAUUUUAGACAUCCUGUCACUGGAGAGUGACGAGCUCAUUGUCCCGAGUUCGGAUGUUGCUUUUUCCUCCGUUUACGCUGCUUCCUUCAAUUUCUCUAGGAAUUUCUCUUCCUAAGGAAAGUUCUUAGGAGAUUCUUCCUAGGGAUGUCCCUCCCUUCACAAGGACUAGAAGCCAAGAUCAGUUGUCACACACUUUGUGAUCUUGGGCAAGCUGAUUAAUCCUCUGUGCCUGUUUCUUCUGUAAAGUGAAACUAAAUGGUACCUACCUCAGAGGGCAGUUAGGAGGACUGUGGGUGCAUCCAGAACAGAGCCUGCCACUAUACAGUGCCACAUUCACGCAGGGAGUACUGUGGACAUGUUGGUGAAGUGGAUGAGCUACACAGGAUGAGUCUCAAGACACAGUCUGCAGUCAGCCGUUAACCAGAGGCCACGUGUCCUGUAGUUUUGUCUUGUGCUUGUCACCUUUACUACACGAAGCCUUAAGUGGAUGUUUCACUAUUGUUUGUGACCUCUUCUGUGCCCUCACUGCCUCCCUAUGUGUAACCAGGGUCAUAUGCAUGUGUCCCCCAAGCCCCAUGGCCCAGACUGUCCUGUGCACAUGCGCAUGACACCUUUCAGUCUACUUGGAUUCCUUCUCUGAUUCAUUAGUACACUUCAUCUUACCAAGAAUCACCCUAACUGAAAUGUUAUUCAAAUUUAAUAUGAAAAAAAUACAAAUCCCUGGCAGGUAUAGAUGAGGCCCUGAUCCCUAGCAACAUCAAAAAUUAAAAAAAAAAAAUUUAAUGCUGGAGAUGUCGCUUGGUUGAUAGAUCACCUGCCCAGCAUGCGUGGCGAUUAGUCCCAGCAUGGCAUAAACCAUACAUUGUGUUGAAUGCCUGGGAGAUAGAGGUAGGAGGAUCAGGAGUUCAAAGUCAUCCUUUGCUUCCUAGUGAGUUCAAGGCCAGCCUGGGCUAUAUGACAUCCUGUCUUUAAAAAAAAAAAAUUAAAAUGGGGGAGAAAAGCACUGUUUUGGUUUCUUUCUAUUCAGCAGAAUCCAUCCAGUAAUUUCAUUGUGUGGAAUUAUGGUCUCUCCCUAAUAUAGCUUCCAUUCAGAAAAUUCAUAAAUUGAUGUCCAGAGGAUUUUACAAAGUGGAGAAACCAAAGUAACACGUGGAGCAGGCAGCGGCCCAGAAAGUUCUGGCUGCUGAAGGACCAAGCUUGUGUUGGGGUGUCAGUGAAACUGGCAUUACCCCUGCAGAUCCAAGGCCAGCCUGACGGCUACAGUGAGACCUUGUCUCAAAACACAAAACAAAUAAAAAUCCUUAAAAAGGAGGAGGGAGAGGAGGACAAGUACUUUAUAAAUAAAUAAAUAAAAUACGGUGGCGUGUGCACACUAUCCUAGCACUCAGGAGCUGAGGCAGGAGGAUGUCAAGUUCAAAGCCAGCCUGGCUACAAAGCAAGACGCAGUUUUGUUUUUUUUGUUUUUUUU